GUUUCCCUCCCUCCCCGUUUUCUUUCGUCCAGAUCGGCACAGCAGGACCCCUGUCUGAGGGCUCAGCCGCGCCUAACCCCUGCAAGAGAAUUUUACAACAAAAAGCAACAACUUGGAAAGCGUUUUUCAUUGGACUUACAUGGGAAUUUAACAGUGAGCAGGGAAGAGAACAAGGGGAGGGACGGCCUGAGCUGAUGGACUCGAGAGAUGAGAUAGUGCGCAUAACCUACCCCAUCUCCCCAUCCUUCCCCAGCGGACAGACCCUUCUUUUUUUCCGGAUGAUGUAACUGUUUUAUGACAGCUUCGGCUCAGAUUCAUCCCCGACACGAACGAAGGUCUCAUACUUUCCUUUAUUAUAAUCGCACGUUGAGGAGCCCCGUCCUCUGGUUCUAGGGGUCCUUGUUCAGGUUUCGGUAAGGGGACUCAGCUCAACGGGACGUUGCACAGUGCUCUGCCGGCUGUUCCCAGGGGUCGGUGAGAGGUGGUUCAGUCAUGUGGAGGAUUCAGAUUUGCUGCGCACUGUUUGCACUGUAUUCAGCGGCACCGCCUGCGCACAUCAACCGUCUGGCGCUGUUCCCUGACAAGAGCGCCUGGUGCGAAGCCAAGAACAUCACACAGAUAGUUGGGCACACGGGAUGUCAGCCUCGCUCUAUUCAAAACAGAGCCUGCCUGGGCCAGUGUUUCAGCUACAGUGUCCCCAACACAUUCCCACAGUCGACCGAGUCUCUGGUGCACUGUGACUCCUGCAUGCCUGCCCAGACACAGUGGGAAGUGGUGACUUUGGAGUGCCCUGGUGCAGAGUCUCCCCAUGUGGAUAAGCUGGUAGAAAGGAUCUUCCACUGUAGCUGCCAGUCUUGCAGUAAAGAAGGCGGCCAGGAGGGGGCGGUGAUGCAGCUGUAUCCAGCAGACAACAUCCUGGAUGUUCCUUCUUUAACCGAUACCCUGAGCAGUGCCCAGUCUCACCCUCUGCCACCUUCAGACUUGCACCCUAAGAAGCAUGCUCAUGCACACACAGACCAUCACACACUACCACACACAUCAGACGGAGGGUAGGUCUGACUUUUUCUGUCACUCUGCUCCUCUCCUCUGACCUCCUUGUUCUCCCCUCCAUGUCAUUUGUACCACUCUGUAGUAUUGUAAAGGCACUUUGAAAAUAAGGCUUCACCAACACUCACAAGACAUGCUAUCAGAUUACACUCUAUUGUAUAUAAACUCAUAAAAACACACCAGCCUUUGCACAAUUUGUUUUCUGAUUAAACAUGCAUUUGUGUGCAUCUCGACAGUACUAUAGUCUGUUAAUAAGCUGUAGUCUCAUUUUGUUUAAUCUGCUUUGAUGCCAUUAAUUCUCAUUGUUGUGAUAAAUGUAUUUUUUUGUCUUUAAUUAAAUUCAUACAAAUAAAAACCGGCAGUCCU